UCUUGUCAUUCCGAGUGCGUUGGUGGGUGGACAUGGUGACGAGCAAGAGGAGGAAGCAGAAGAGUCUGCGGUUGCUUCAGGGUCGCCUUCUCCGGAGGAUACUCGUCCACAGUUGUCUCCUGUGGCGUCUGGUGCCUCCAUUGAAAAGGAGCCUCCCGGUGCUUCGGCUGCGGGUGUCGCUGGUGGUGGCCUUCAUGCCGGUCCGAGGGGUGAUCCGGGGGUGCGGACCGAAAGUGAGGACAACACUCAGCGGCGAGGGAGGAGAUAUGGCAGUGGAAGCGACGGAGCCAACAGAGCCUCCGGCCCGACGCUUUUUUUUUUCGCCAUCACCCGGCGAGGACGUUGCAGGAGCGGAGGGCGACCCGCGGGCGGAUUGCCCAGCGGUGGUUCCCAGUGCUUCCGCGCCUGCCACUCCGAUUCCGUCCGUCAACGGCGUCGAUUUUCAGGCGAUACCCGAUGCGUUGGUACAGCAGGCCGACAGUGAUGGCGGUGUGGCAGAUGCUACUGCUGGCCUCAUUCCCUUUGUGUUUCUUGUUGUGGUCGCUGCGGCGGUAGUGGUGGUGCCUCUUUGA